AGCCUGAGAGGACACUGGGACCAUGAUCAAGCUUAAACGUAGGAGGCAAAGCCUUUUCCCCAAUUAUAAACUUGGGGUCUCAGUCCCUGCUCCCAAGGAUCCAGAGGAUUCUGAGCUACCUUUUGGUCAACACAACUGGGUAAAACCAUGGAAUUCAAUGCAGGAAUUAAGUAAGGAUAUAUAUGACAUCUAUGCAGAGUACGAUGACGAUGAAGAAGAAAGACUGAUUUCGACCCCCAGUAAACUGUCCUCUCCGACUAAGAACUACAUGCUGAACAUCAACGUAGGAGGCAAGGUCUACCAGAUCUCUUACAGGGUAGCAGCAAAAUAUCCCAAGACAAGAAUUGGCCGACUUGCAACGUAUACGGACCACAACAGAAAACUCGAUCUCUGUGAUGAUUACGUUGUCCAAAACAAUGAGUUUUUCUUUGACAGGGAUCCAGACAUCUUCCACAACAUCUUCAACUUCUACAGGACUGGAGUUCUCUGGAUCAAAGACGAAUUGUGCCCACGCAAUUUUUUGGAGGAGAUCAACUACUGGGGUGUUCGUAUCAAGAACACCCAUCGCUGCUGCCGCAUCUCGUUCGAGGAACGGCAAGAUGAACUCAACGAACAGCUCAAAGUACAACGGGAACUCGAGGCAGAAGUGGAAACCGAGGAACAUGAGGACUUGUUUCAGGAUAUGGCUUUCGGUCAUACACGUUUUAUCAUUUGGAACAUGAUGGAGAAGCCUUUCUCAUCGGUCACAGCCAAGCUCAUGGCAGUGGCAUCCAGUUUCUUCGUUCUGGUUUCACUUGUGGCUAUGACUCUCAAUACGGUAGAGGAAAUGCAAUAUAAGACGACCACCGGCCAGCUGAGUGGGAAAACCUACUGCGAGUAUGUUGAGACUUUCUGCAUUGCGUUUUUUACCAUGGAAUAUCUGCUCCGGCUUGUGUCUACACCUGAUCUCAAACACUUUGGAAGGAGCAUGCUCAACGCUGUAGACCUGAUUGCAAUCCUUCCGUUAUAUCUUCAGAUGAUCUUAGAGUGUUUCGAGAAUGAAGACUAUGGGAAACAUGGUAGCGAUAUUGAGACUGUAGGACGAGUUGGUAAAUUGGGGCAGGUUCUCCGCAUCAUGCGUCUAAUGAGGAUAUUUCGUAUCCUAAAACUAGCACGUCACUCAACUGGACUUCGAGCUUUUGGCUUCACACUCCGGCAAUGCUACCAACAAGUGGGCUGUCUUUUUCUCUUCAUUGCGAUGGGAAUUUUCACCUUCUCUGCCAUGGUCUAUACCGUAGAGCAUGAUGUGCAUCAAACAAACUUCACCAGUAUUCCACAUGCAUGGUGGUGGGCAGCUGUGAGCAUCUCCACUGUGGGCUAUGGCGACAUGUUUCCAGAGACUCAUCUGGGUAGGAUUUUUGCAUUUGCGUGCAUCUCGUUUGGAAUUAUUCUCAACGGCAUGCCAAUCUCCAUCCUCUUUAAUAAAUUCUCAGACUAUUAUUCGAAGCUGAAAGCCUAUGAAUACACAUCGUCUAUAAAGAAUCGCGGGAAAAUAAGGUUUGUGAAAAGGGCUGCAAAGAAGGUUGCGGAAUGUUUUUAGGUUGCUAUGUGCUGACCUAUACUUUCCAUCCACGGGCUGAUUUUUAAUUCAUGGACUUGGUGGUCUUUUCAAAACAUUCAAAGCAACCAGACCACUUAAGUAACUGUCUUCAAACAAAUUAGCCAGUGCUUGCUUUUUUGCUGCUGGAUACAUUCAUACUAUGGAACUUUUGUACUAUAAACAAAAGUAAUUUUGUUUAAAAACAAACCAAUGCAUUUA